AGCAGCGCCCGGGGUGCCCUGGUGGGAACCUGGGGGCUUCUCUCCCUCUGCUCCCUCUCUCCUUCUCUCUCCCAGUACCGCAUCGUGGAGCGGAUGCGCUCGCUGGGCAUGACCACGGUGCUGCCGGCCUUCGCGGGCCAUGUGCCGCAGGGCAUCCUCCGGGUCUUCCCCCGUGUGAAUGCCACUCGCCUGGGGCACUGGAGCCACUUUGACUGCGCCUACUCGUGCACCUACCUGCUGGACCCAGAGGACCCCAUGUUCCAGGUGAUCGGGACGCUCUUCCUGAAGGAGCUGAUCAAGGAGUUUGGCACAGACCACGUCUAUAGUGCAGACACCUUCAACGAGAUGACCCCCCUGUCCUCCGACCCUGCCUAUCUCUCCAGAGUCAGCAGUGCUGUUUUCAGGUCAAUGACAGGAGCUGACCCCAAGGCGCUGUGGCUGAUGCAGGGCUGGCUCUUCCAGCACCAGCCCGACUUCUGGCAGCCAGCACAGGUGCGGGCCCUGCUGCACGGAGUGCCCCUUGGCAGGAUGAUUGUUCUCGACCUCUUUGCUGAGUCCAAGCCCGUCUACCAGUGGACAGAGUCCUUCUACGGGCAGCCCUUCAUCUGGUGCAUGCUGCACAACUUCGGGGGCAACCACGGCCUCUUUGGCACGGUGGAGGCCAUCAACCACGGCCCCUUCGCCGCUCGGCGCUUCCCCAACUCCACCAUGGUUGGCACGGGGCUGGUUCCCGAGGGCAUCGAGCAGAACGACAUGGUGUACGAGCUGAUGAACGAGCUGGGCUGGCGGCAGGAGCCGCUGGACCUGCCCAGCUGGGUGACGCUGCCCACAGCCAGCAAAGCGUUCAGGGGCAGCGAGGGCAAGGGAAGGGGGAGGCAGCGUUCAAAGUCCCAUCUCUUGGUCUCUCUUUUCUCCCACCCCUCGGUCUUGCUUUUCCGUCACUGUUGUGCUUCCCCGCCCUCCUGGCGCCCGGCAGACAAGGUGCUGCCAGAGCUGAUCGAGCCCUACGAGCUGCGGGCGGCGAAGCUGCGCGAGUUCCUGGAGGAUGUGAAGCCCUCACUGUGCUACGACAUCGUGCCUCUGGCCGACCCCUUCGGGCCCUCGGUCACAGACCCCGACCUGCAGUGCCUGGUGGUCAGCGAGGAGACCCACCGGGGAGGGGUGGCUGUCAACAAGAAGAGACUUGAAAAUGGGCUCCCCGAGCUGGCUCUGUAUGAAAUCCAAUUGAUGAAGGACCCUGAGCACAAUCAGAACGAGGAGGAGAAGAUCAGCUCCUCCAGCCUGCGGCAGAGGCUGCUGGGGACACUGCUGCAGCCCCCACGGCGAGACCCGGCCCUGCCGCUGCGCCCCUACGUGAUUGGGCUGACUGGGGGCACUGGCAGUGGGAAAACCUCCAUGGCCAAACUGCUGGGGCAGCUGGGCGCCUUCGUCAUCGACGCUGACCAGCUGGGCCACGCCGUCUAUGCCCCUGGUGGCCCGGCCCACGAGGCAGUGGUGGCAGCCUUUGGGGCAGAGAUCCUGAACAAAGAUGGAACCAUUAACAGGAAAGUCCUUGGGGCCAAAGUGUUUGGAAACCAGGAGCAGCUGAAGAGGCUGACGGACAUCGUGUGGCCCAGAAUAGCCCAGAUGGUGAUGGAGAAGGUCAGGGAGGCUGAUGCUCAAGGGAAAGCCGUGUGUGUGCUGGACGCUGCCGUGCUGCUGGAGGCCGGCUGGCAGGACAUGGUGCACGAGGUGUGGACAGCCAUCAUCCCAGAGGAGGAGGCCGUGAGGCGCAUUGUGGCCAGGGAUGGGCUCACCGAGGAGGCCGCUCGGCGCCGGCUGCAGAGCCAGAUGAGCAACAGGCAGAGGGUGGAACAGUCCCAGGUGGUGCUGUGCAGCCUCUGGGAGCCCGAGAUCACCCGCCAGCAGGUGCACAAGGCCUGGGACCUGCUGCAGCAGCGCCUG